AUGGCAGUUUCUUCUUCUUCUUCUUCUUCUUCUUCUUCUCUGUUGAACUAUCUCUCCUCCCUUUCUCUAUCUUCUUCUUCACCCCCGCCGACUACCAUUUCUAUCACCCCUGCCUCCUCUUCCAGUAACGCACCGUCAUCGAAGACCCUGACGAUCAGACAAACUCUGAUAACCCCCGUAAAUCGUGAAGUGAUCGCGUAUCCUGAUGAAUCGGAAGAUAGUCUGAUCGGUCGGUUCCGAAGAGAGGUUUUCAGAGCAAAUAUUAUACAAGAGGCGAAACGCAGGAGGUUCUUCGAGACUAAUCAGGAGAAGCGAAAACGGAAAAUUCGUGAUGCUGCUAGACGAAGAGCCAGAAGGCGAUCACAACCAAAGGCCAAAAAGGAGGAAGUUCCAGGAAAGAAGGCAGUUAAUGAUGAAGGUGAUGACAACUGGGGACCAAUUGAUGGUAAAAUCCCUUAUUGUCAAUGAGAAACAACAACCAUUCUUUUUGGCAAUUUAGCUAGGGUUUGUUCUUGCACCCUCAAACUCUCAUUUGCUGAUCUGUUAAACUUUUGCAAUUUGUGUGCACUUUGACUUCUAAUGAUCUGUUGUUGGCUUUUGGAAUGCAUUUCUACAACUAGUGGUGUAAAGUGCAUGAAAUUUUUCCAUUAGAAGACACCAUAAACAAAAAAUAAAAAGUUCCAAUCCACGUCUAACAAAGCUUAUAUUGGCAAACCAUUUAAGUACAAAAG